GUCUUCAGAAUGCGGAAUGGAAUCUUACAAGAAAAUGCAUAUAAUGAGCUCAAGAAGAGGAAGAAGAAAUCAGAGAUAAGGGUGGGUGAAGAUGAGGCGAAUAACAGUGAGCAGCAACACAUGUGUUCUGUGUAUGCGAAGCUUCACUACUACCCAUAUAAGUGUUUGGAGUAAUGCUACUGUUUUCCACAACAGAUUUAAACAUACAUUUCCAAAGGGAAAGAACGAUAAAGUUACUCACAGCUUAGAAGCAAGAGAAAAUCUGCAACUGGAAGAUGUCAAUCUGGUGGAGAACUCUACUAAUGAGUUUAAGAAGGCAUCAAAAGGUGGUACCAUGAGAAAAACCCAAAGGUUUUCAACUGCUGCUGUUAUGAGUGUGUAACCUCGAGACACUCCAGACCCUCCAGGCCCAAAUAAAGGUGAUGACCCACAUCAUGAUUAGUAACCAGAUUGUGAUAUACAAGAGGAGAAUAAAACACAUAGGAAAAGUAUGGUAGAUUUAUGCAUAGAUUAGGGCUAGUGAAAAUGUUGUGUUUUGAAGUGCCCUGGUGUUGGGACACAGAAAUAAAAGUAGUACUAGUGGUUUGCUUUA